AUGCCGAAGGCUGAACAAAUUUUGGAGGUUUGCCGCAAGGAAUUGUGGAAGGAAGGCGUUUUAAACGAGGAUUUCGAUAUUGAAAUAAUCUCUCAAAUGGGAUGUGGGGAAAGUUUUGAAGGGGUUGCUGUUGGUGCAGACAUGUACCAUCAACAAAAUGUUAAGGCAUUUAUUGGCCCUUAUUGUAAUGCAGAAAUGGAUGCUGUUAGUAAAAUGGCUGCUUUUUGGAAUGUUCCAAUAAUUGGAUAUAUGGCUGCUAGUAAUGUUUUCUCUGACAAAACAAUUUACAAAACUUUGGCACGUGUUUCGCUUCGAACAACUAAUUCGCUAGCAUUAGCUGUUUAUUCAUUAAUUAGACAUUAUGGGUGGAAUAGAGUUGCAAUUGCUACAAAUACAGGUCCAAUGGCUUUUGAAAGAACACAAGCAUUUGAAGAAAUUUUUCAUGCAAGAAAGAUUACUGUAGUUAAGGUAGAGGAAUCGUAUCCCCUCAAAAUCUCUAUUCCUUAA